AUGCUUGGGGUAAGGAUUUUUUUGGAAGGUGUGUCACUGGCUUUUGGGACUAAAAUCUUACUGUUAAUGAAUGAUAACUGUUAUUCCUUUGAUAAAGAGUGGAAGGAGGCUAGAAAGACCAUUGUUUCACUCUUAUAUCAACAGAAUGUGAGCAAGUCGCAGUGGCAUGAACUGUUCAGUAUUAUUCACCGGAUCUCUACCUGGGUAGAAGACGGUAAUGAAUUAGUUCGUCGAAAACUUGAGCAGGAAGUUCGUGAUUAUGUUGUUGGAGCCAGUGAGCGUGUUCAACGCCAUCAAGAAGAGAGCGCAGUUUUAAGAGCGUAUAUUAGUGAGUGGAAGAAGUUUCUUAUUCUUAUUGAGUAUCUGCCAAAACCUUUUUCUUUUAUUUAUGAAGGGCAAAGUAAUCACUCCUCGAUAUCGAAAGCGAAUAAAACAAAAAAAAUUUCUCCAGCUGUUACAACUAUGAUGUUGCACGACUGGAACCGAAUAAUCUUUGAAAAAAUUAAAGACAAGCUACAGAUUGCUGCUAUGAGAAUAGUAGAGUCUGAACGAAAUGGGGAGUCAUUUGAUCCUCAGCUAGUUAUCGGCGUUCGUGAAUCGUAUGUUUCCUUGAAUUUGGACGAUGUUGAUCCGUUAUCUGUUUAUAAAUCUAAUUUUGAACGACUAUAUAUUGAAACUACUAAGAAGUAUUAUAAAGCACGAGCAGCUCAGGUCUUAGAAGCUAAUGGCGUUCAAAGUUACAUGGUUUAUGCUGAUACAAAACUAGCUGAGGAAAAAGCGAGAGGGAUGCGAUAUCUCGAGAGUUCUUCUGAUUCAUUAGAAAAGUUAUUGAACAGUUGUGUUUCCGUUUUGGUCGUUCAGUUUCAAGAACAACUUCUUGCAGAAUGCCCAGUAAUGAUAAGCACAAAUCAGAUUGAAAAACUGCGUAUGUUACAUCGUCUUUUAAAUGGUACCCCAGAGGGAAUAAAAUCUGUUUUGAAUUACCUUGGGACUUUCGUCAAAAAUGAAGCUAUGUUAGACAUGAAAGCAAAUGCGAACACUAUUACUACAGAUCCUGAAAAAUACGUCGACCAGUUGUUGUCUAUGUUUUCGCGAUUUAGCAAGUUGGUUAAAGAGGCAUUUUACGACGAUCCGUGUUUUCUAACGGAAAGAGAUAAGGCUUUUCAAGAAGUUGUGAAUGACACUUGUAUUUUUAAAAUGGAAAUAGCGAAUUCUAAAUCAAAAGGUACUAGAGUGCAGGCAGAAUCGAGAUGUCCUGAGCUGUUGGCUAAUUACUGUGAUUUGUUGUUAAGGAAAACUUCUUUAUCAAAACGAUUGUCUUCAGAAGAAAUUGAUGCAAGGCUAAACGAUGUGCUACUCGUUCUGAAGUACGUGAACAACAAGGACGUUUUUAUGCGUUUUCACAAGGCGCAUAUGGCUCGAAGAUUGAUUCUUGAAAUGAGUGCAGAUCAAGAGAAGGAAGAACAUAUGGUUACGAGGAUGCGUGAUGCAGGUAUGCCAGCAGAUCUUGUUAAUAAGCUUUUCCGUAUGUUGCAAGAUAUAGAAAUUAAUAAGGAUCUCAACAGCACUUUUAAGACCUCAAUCGGUUCAAAUAACAACAUGAUGGCAGAAACAAUAUCAAUUAAAAUUUUGAAUGCCGGUGCAUGGGCUCGUGGUAAUGAACGAAUACAGAUGCAGGUUCCCCGUGAACUUGAGGAUUUUAUUCCAGAAGUUGAAGAAUUUUACCGCAAACAACAUUCUGGAAGAAAGUUGCAAUGGUUAUACCACUGGUCGCAUGGGACGAUAACAUUCAGUAACGCGAUGGGAAAAUAUGAUCUUGAUGUAACCACACUCCAGUACUCAGUAUUAAACUGUUGGAAUGAUCGUCCUACCGAGAAACUUUCUUUUGAGAGCAUUCGGAUUGCUACGCAACUACCAAACGCUGAAUUAACUCGUGCGCUGUUUUCUUUAGUAGCAUUUCCGAAGCUACGACUGCAAGUCUUAUGCACAGAUUGUGAGCAGCUUAAUCCACGUGAUUUUAACGACUCGACUCUAUUUUGGAUAAACCAAAAAUUCGCCGUUGUAAAGAAUGGCAGGGAACAAAGUAGAGGGCGUUUAAAUUUAAUAGGUCGACUACAGUUGUCAACUGAAGCGAACAACCAAGCUGAGCAUGACGAUAUUGUUGCUCUAAGAGUUCUCCGCGUACAAGAAGCUAUUGUAAAGCUAAUGAAAAUGCGCAAGAGGUGCCAAAGUGCACAACUUCAAACUGAACUCAUUGAAUUACUAAAACAUAUGUUUUUACCAUCGAGGAGAUUAAUUAAAGAACAAAUCGAAUGGUUGAUCGAGAAUCGGUUUAUUGCAAGAGAUGAAAAAGAUUUGAAUACUUUUGUAUAUUUAAGUUGA